CUCGCCGUUGCGGCCCGCAGGAAGAAUGCCAGCUGCGGGGCGAGGAGCGCCGGCCGCGCCACCUCCACGGGCACGGGCGGCAUGUGGCGCUUCUACACUGAGGACUCGCCGGGGCUCAAAGUUGGUCCUGUUCCAGUUUUGGUCAUGAGUCUUCUUUUUAUUGCUUCUGUGUUUAUGCUGCACAUCUGGGGUAAAUACACCCGUUCGUAAACUCAGUUGCGAACUUAAAUCAUGCAUCUUGGACCAAAAAUAUUAUGGAUCCUGGUUGUUCUUGGAAAAAGAUUGGGAGAGCUUCCUAUCAGCUAUUGAAGCCCUA